AUGAAUAUGAGUUCAAGUACUGACUUAGUUGAAGAUUAUGUGGAUCGAUAUGGGAUUUGUGGCAUGACUAAAAAAGUUUUGUGUAUUUUUAGAAAAUCACAGAUGCUGAAGUUUGGAUUAAAUCGACUUAACUAUGCCGUAUCUUCUGGCCUUGUCAAAAGUCAAAAACGAAGCGCAUACACAAGGCUUCCUUUAAAUUGGUCUACUUCACAAAUUACAUAUAGAGAAGAUCAAGUUCCGAGAAAUACAGAUGUGUUAGUUGUCGGUGGAGGUAUCAUAGGUUGGGCAACAGCUUUUUGGAUGCGACGUGAUUCAAAGUUUUCUGUCACUGUUGUUGAGAAGGAUCCUACAUAUAGUCAGUCAGCUACGGUUCUUGGACUAGGGUCUAUACGACAGCAAUUUUCAGAACCAGAAAAUAUACAAAUGUCAUUGUUUUCAAUUGACUUUUUGAGAAAUCUCUCAAAUUAUUUAUCGGUGGAAGAUCCAAUAGAAAACAUAGAUAUUGGUUUCAAUCCUCAAGGUUGUUUAAUUUUAGCAAAUGCUAAGAAUGUGGAUUUGUUAAAAGAAAAUCAUUUAUUACAGAUUGAUCUAGGAGCAAAAGUUGAACUGCUAACCAAAGACGAUCUGUCUGCGCGUUGGCCAUGGAUGAAUGUUGAAGAUAUUGAAAUGGGUUGCUACGGUUAUGAAAACGAGGGAUGGUUUGAUCCUUUUCUUUUACUGAAGGCAUUGAAAACAAAAUGUCAUUUCAUGGGAGUAAACUAUGUUGUUGGAGAAGUGACUGACUUCCAUGCUUGUCCAUUCAUGAUGAUAUCUUCUUCCGUUGGGAGGCCACAGAGACCUCCAGUUUCAAGUAGACCUUUACGUUCUGCUACGAUUUCUCUUCCCAACCAAACGAAUGUUUCCAUUAGUUUUAAUUCAGUAGUAAAUGCAGCAGGUCCAUGGGCAGCACGUGUGGCUGGGUUGGCUGAAAUUGGCAGUGAGAAUUUUCCUUUACGAUUACCAGUUGAGCCAAGAUAUCGUCAAAUUUUCGUUGUGCGACCUAAAAAUACACUUAGUCACAUAGAAAGUCAUUAUCCAUUACCUGGUUUAGAUAUGCCAUUUAUGAUAGAUCAUAAUCGUUUAUUUAUCGAACGUCGUGAUCUAUCCGGGGAAUUUAUUGUUUAUUCCGAUAAUCCUAAAUUUGAUUCUCUUAACAAUAAUUGUAAUGAACAAAAUUCGGUGAAUCGUGAAUUUUUCUAUGAACAUAUUCAACCAUUAUUGUGUAAACGUAUACCAGGAUUUAAAGAUGUUGAAGUAACUUCAGGUUGGAUAUCUGUAUGUGAUUAUAAUACAUGGGAUCAAAAUUUAAUUACUGGUUUUCAUCCAUUUCAUACAAACAUGUAUUUUUGCAAUGGUUCAAGUGGUCAUGGUACACAACAUGCUAUAGCAAUUGGUAAAUCAAUUUCUGAAUUAAUUACUUUUCAAAGAUAUAAAACAAUAGAUCUAGUACGUUUCUCAUUUGAUCGUUUAUUUUUUAAUGAAAUUGUAAAUGAAGUGAAUUGUUUUUAA